GAAAAGUUCAAAAAGGCUAGACGGGCGAUUCCGGUGUCCUGAUUGUAAACAGGAAUGUUUGAUUGCACCUGAAGCAGUCUAACAACACACUUCUCUGGAUAUAAACAAGAAAAUGUGAUUUCGUUACUCUGGAAUCAGCAAUGUGCUAUAAUAAUACUAAUAGUCUUGUCUUAGAAUGAAGAUUAAAUACACCUGUCAAACUCCUUCAUCAAAUGGAAAUAUGAUUUGGAUUUAAAGCACAAAGUUAUCACCAAGUAUAAACUGGAACAAAACAUUGUGUUCUUAGUACAUAGUGCUAUUAUAGUUGCAAGAGAACAACCAUGGCGUCAAAAUGUCAGAAGUUUUGUCCAAACAUUUUCAACAAAUCAAAAUGUCAACACUGUUUUGCAGCUAAAGAAGCUCACUCAGCUGCAGCUCUUGAAAACAAUAAGGCUUCAAGAAAAGUCUCCAAGUGUGGCUACUUAUUUAUUUCACCCGGCUAUGACUUCAGUAACCCGCUGGAUAGGACGAGGAGAUGGCAGAGAAGGUUCUUUCGUCUCUAUGAUGACGGGGAGUUUUCCUAUUGUGUGGACGAAAAUCCCGACACCGUGCCACAAGGGGUGGUGGAUAUGAACAAAUGUACCGACGUGCUAGACGCUGAGACAACCACCACUCACCCCUUCUCCUUGUCCAUUAUAACUCCAGAGAAGACGGUGUACAUCAAAGGGAAUUCGAAGGAGGAAAUUCAGUGGUGGCAUGAGAUUCUUGCUGAAUUUCCUAAAGCACUGAAAGCCAUCAAGCCAAGAAGAAAACAACCAUUUCUUAUUCUCAGCAACAAAGAGAACUCUCCUGACAGCAUUGAUGCAAAGCUUGGGAAGUAUGAUUUCAAAGGCCGCAAUGAUACGCCUGCAUUUGCUACCUUUAGAGGGGUUCGCAGUCUUAAACACAGAUAUGAUACAACAUACCAUGAUGGAAUGCGUAAAAGUAGUAGCCUUCAUGAUUUAUCUUCUGAAGAUCAAGAGAUGCGAGAAACUUUGGAAUCCUCAAGAUAUCUUAGUCGUUCUGGAGAUAGACUUGAUACCAUUAACUCAUUCACUGUGCCUCGGAGUUCCCCACCAAACAUCAACAGCUCCCCCACAUUUAUCUUGCCUCCCACUCGCUCGGCUCUGCCAAACUCUACAUUCCUUACCCCCAAGAACACGGCAUCCUCUCACUCGUCCAUCUCCUCCAUGUCCUCAACAAACUCUGGAUCCAACCAGCGGCCGGAUCCCUUGGAGGAAAGAUCGGCCAACAUAAAACUGCACAGGGAGAGGUCGUCAAGCUUAAAAGAUUUCUCCACCCAGCUAAGCAUAUCUGGUGGCAAUGAAACAGAUGAGCUGAAGAUGGCUAGGCAUACAGAAGUAAAAAUCUCUAGUAGACCAUUAGGUAAAGCCCUGCCUACAGCCACUGCUGCUAAAUCUGGGCCUAACAAGUUAGAGGAUCUUGUAUAUAUGAAGAAAGGUUGGCUAAUCAAGCAAGCCCCAGUUGAGAAGGAGUCUCGCAAACAUUGGUUUGUCCUCGCUGGCAACUCACUGAGAUAUUAUGAAGACGCUAAGGCCGAGGAGUCCAACUUACUUGAGGGGAGGAUUGACUUGUCCUCCUGCUAUGAGGUGUCUGAGACGUCCACACAUAGAAAUUAUGGUUUUAAAAUUAAGACCAGGAAUGGUGAGUACACGCUUGCCGCUAUGACUUCAGGCAUCCGCAACAACUGGAUGAAGGCCAUCCGCCUGUGUAUGGAGCUUCACAGCUCAGUGCCCAAGUGGAAGUUUUCACCACCACUCUCAGCCCAAAGUCCUCCCAGAACAGCCGUCGAUGAUCUGGAGUUCAAGUCUGGUGCUGCAUCCAGCUUGACCACAACCGUAACGGGAGCUGGGGGAGAAACGGCAUUCCAGCUUGUUGGUCGUAGAGAUCCUCAUAAAAGGGAAACCCAGAAGCCAACAAGACGCCACCAUUCUGAUGUCAAUCCAGGGAAUGUAAGUAAAGUUUUGUCAGUGAAGGAGUUCACUGCCAGUCUAGAACCUGCAGUGGAUCCAUUGGUGUCACCUGGUUCUAGCACCCGCAGCUCUGAAAGUCCCGCAGCCACCCCCAGAGGCAGGAACGAUCUGGCUCAAGCCGGAGCUAAACUAGUGCGCCACCGAAGCCCUUCCCUUGAUAGUGUUACCAAGACGACCAAGCCCAUCACAAAAGAGGCGACCCCGAAGAUGAAGAGGUUUGUUGAAGGUAGCGACAACCUGACGACCGCUGGUAGCGCAGCCUCGGCCCAGGGUCCUGAACAAAGCAAGCCCAAACGUAAUGUCACCAGUGAGAGUAACAAGGAGGAAGUCAAGAGGGAAAUAAUGAGGCGAGCCAAGUCCCCCAGUGCUCGAGUGAAGGAAAAGUCCAGAAUAGGAAAGACAGCCCGUGUCCAGUCACCAAUGGCAUCAACAGAUGACAAGUAUGGCUACCACAUGGGCAGUGCCACAGCCUCUGAUGCUGGUUCUGCCAUGUCAGACACUACUGAUGACCCCGGCUACAAUGACAUUUCCAUGUCCGAGGAAGAAUAUCCAGCCCAUGAAGACACUGACAAUGAUGAAGUUGGAAGUGCAACAGCUUCUGAUGUUGUUGGUGGAGAUGAUGCCUUGGUGGAAAUACUUGAGACAGAGGUAGAGUCACUGAAAGAUAGGCUAGAACUGACACAGACGGAAUUGGACAAAAUGCACAAGGAUAACAUGGAUCUCAAAUCUAGACUUCACAAGGAAUCUGUCCAGAGCAUAGAUAGUGGGUACAGCAGCCGUUGGGGUCAAAGUUCAAACCAAAGUGAUUUAUCUGGCACUCGAUGGGGUGGUCAGACACCAAACACUGCUGAGGCCUUAAAACGACAACUAAAAGAAUCAAAAGAUUUGAUUCAGCGACAGAGAAUGGACAUAGAAAGUCUGAAAAGUAAACUUGACAUGUCUGUCUCCAAGCUAACUGGCACAGAGAAAGCUCUCUCUGAGGCCCUGAAGGAUUAUAAACAGGAGAAAGAUAAAUUUUUCAAGCUCAGCUCUGAAUGGAACCGUCGCAUUCGCACCAUGGAAAGUCAAUCCAAAGACAACAUCCACAAACUGGAGCGCAGUCGGGAGAGUCUUCAAGCCAAAGAACGUGAGUGCCGUAGACUGGAGGCUGAGCUGAAGAACAACCUACAGAGGAGCAGAGAGCAGGAGAAGGAGAUUGUCAAGUUGAAGGCUGUGGAGCAUGAGUACAACCAGCUCAAGGAAAAACUGGAUGAUAAGGAGCAAGAGUUAUCCAACCUGAGAUCUGAGUUGAAAGAAAAGGAACACCAGACAAAAAAGAUGAAAGAAGACUACGAGCACCAGCUGGACGAGAUGGACAGAGAGUACGGCCAGGAGAGGGACUCUAUGGAGAACCACAUGGAGCAGCUCAAGUCUGAGCUGUACUCAGCUCAUGACAGACAGGCGUCCUUGACUGACAACAUGACAUCCAACAUCGCAGACAUACUCAAGGAGAAAGAUGACAUCAUUGCUCAACUUGAGGAUAAGAUGAUUGAGGCUGACAAGAAGCUUGUAGAUCUCUCAGAAGAGCUGCAGUCAGAGAUGGGUGAAAAUGCUGAACUUGCCCACACCAUUGACAUGCUCAAGAAGGACAAGCUGAAGCUCUCUGCCACCAUUGAUGAGCUGGAAGCCGCCCUCCUGUCAGUGAAGACCAAAGUGUCAGGGUUUGAGUCUGACAACCUGUCACUGAAGCGUCAGCUGGAGGAGCUGAGACUGGAGAACACCCAGCUUCAUGACGGCCUGACCAUCGCCAACACAGACAAGGACCAUGGUGACAUAGCGGGUUUGAUGGUGGACAAGGAGACAGAUAAACUCAAGAAGACUAUUUUUGAGCUCAACAAUAAAAUAUCUGAUUUACAGGUAAAACUGGAGCACACUGAGUCAGUAGGCAAGAUGUCAGAAAGAGGCAACAGUGUGAGCAGUGUGACCAGUGUGGGCAGUGACCACCAGCAAGACCUUGUCCACACAAUCCUGGUGGUGGACUCCAACCUGAAGGAGAUCAACACCAUGCUGCACAAGAUGAGGCAGAGCUUCGACACUUACAUCGAGUCUCUGCCACAGAAAGACAGGAGUGUGCCCAUCAAGCUGGCUAACAUUGUCGAGGACGUCGGCCACAAGUGUCACAACGUUCAGGAGAUUCUCCGAGAGGGCAAAGUGCAGCCCCCGCAAGAAGUGGACUACAAGCACACCAUCACCGUCAAUGCUGGCUCAAACAGCAAACUUGUCAUGGAUGAGUACAAGAGCCUGAAGGUGAAGUUCGACAAUGUGGUGGGUGAGCUGAGGAAUGUGAAGAAAGAGCUCAGUGAUUCUUUUCUGUCUUAUGAUUCCGUCAUGCAGGAACACGUCCAGUUGAAAGAAAAAAUGGCAAGCCUUGAGGGUGUUUACAAACAACAAAUUGUAGAGCUCAUUGCUAGGGUGGAUGGGCUGUCAACCAAGAUUGUCAAUGUAGUGCCAGACUCUAAGAGAACUGCCACCAGCAGCAGUCCAGACAGUGUGAAAGACAUUGAGCACCAGCUUAAAGAACUUGAAACAAACAUUUCCAUGUUGGAACAACGCUCUAGGAGUGUUGAGGCGGCUGCUAAGGCUAAACCACAUGAAGGUGCAAGCAGUGCUGGUGACACCAAACUUGAGGCUGUGAGGGUCCAACUGGAAGAAGCCAAUGCUAAACUUAAGCAGUUAGGCACAAUUUCUCCCUCCAGCCCUGCGUUGAUAUCCAAAGUGGAGUCUCUGACAGCAAGGUUAGGUUCCUUGUCUAAACAGGUUCAAAGACCGGCUAGCCUGACAUGUGAGGAGUCUGCUGCUGCUGGGGUCAGCAGCUGUCUGCAUGAGAUCAGAGAGAGAGUCCAGCGUAUUGGUGAGCAGCUGGACUCUCUGGACGAGGGAGACGAGGACUCGGACAGUGAGGAUGAGGGAGAGCAGACGACCGUGGAGGACAUUCGUGAGAAGCUGGCCAGCCUGACGGAGUUCAUAGAACAGCACACCAAGCUCUCCACAUCUGACUGGGCUGUGCUGAGGCUGGUGUGUUUACAGAAGGAGACUCACACGCCCAGUGCUAACAAGGAGGAAUGUUUGCCUGCAGAUGAGGAGAGUGCAGAGGUCAAGUUAAAACUGUAUGCAGAUAAGCUGUCACUAGAGGCUGUUGUCUUGUCAGAAAUGGCACACAUCCUCACAAGUAAAGAGUAUUUAUCAUCAGAGGACUCAGUCAGUCUAGAAAUAGAUGCUUUGAACAGUCACAUCUUAGGUCUUCAUCAAAUGCUAGACAAUGAAAUGAAAACUAUGCACUUUGAAGAGCCAGUAGAAGAUUUACUUGCUUCCUAUGUUGAACUUAUGGCAGAAAAAAUUCUUGUCAAUGGGCAGUUGAGUGAAAAUAUGUUUGAUAAAAAAUCUCAUUUAAUUAAAGACGGUGAAGGUCUUCCUUUAGUUCACGCCGGACUUUUGGCAACUGAAGCUCUCAUACGAUCUCAGAUAGAUUCCUUUAUAAGCAGCAACCUAGACAGCAAGGCCAGUGAAAUCUUAAGCCUUCCAACCCAUCUAGCAGCUCGCUCCAUCAUCCAGGGAGAGCUGACCUACGCCCUGAAGGAGCUCAAGAACACAUUAGAGAAGAACCCUGGUGCCUUGAACCCAGGAUUCACCAACUAUCAGUUCAUGUUCAACAGAUUACUAAACAGAGAAAAGAAAGUGUUAGCUUCUUUAGACUUGUAUGAAAAGCAGAUAGUUCAUUCAUUAGCUGUAAUUAUUUUUAAAGAAAGUGAAGAGAUGACAAUAGUGCAGGGCCCUGAGAGUGUCCUGGAGGCCAUGUGUUCAGAAAUCUCAACCAUCAUGGAGCGGCACAUUCAGCACUUCAAGGAAAAAUGCCGCUCGGCUUUAGACACCCACUCCGCUCACAAAUUUGACACCAUUGUCAAUGAGCUGCGCUGCUGUAGGGAGUCUGUCCUCUCUGAGAUCAAGUCCAAACACCAAGCCUAUGCUAGCAACCCUAGAGACACGAGAGACUCCAGCCUUGAUAUCCCUGUACAGUCCCUUGACAGCACAAUCAACAACUUUGGAGAAAUCCUCUCUAUGAAGUCUGUCAUGGUCGGCACCUGCAACUUUUUAGCUGAGCUCCUGAAGAUGGGCAACGCUGUACUUGCUGACUUGGAACUGGAAUCAGACGUGGAUGAAGAUCAUGUCAGCAUCCAUAAAGGUCUGACAAGUUUUGUCACUGCACUCAGUGAAGCCUUAGAAACAGAAGCCUUAUCAAAAGAAAAGAUAUCCCGAAGUCUCAUCUGUGAUAGCAAGGUGGAUGGCCAGCACAUAGCGCUGAGGGUUCCAGACUUCUCCCUGUACCCCAGGCACCUGUCAGGGAAAGCUGAGGUGAUCCUGCGUGAGGUGGUCUUCAGUGCCCAGCUGACCUUCUCGCUGUUCAAACAAAAGUUGUACCAUGAGAGGGAGAUGAGUGGCCUGGUAGAGAGGAGGCCACUCAGAGUGAGGACAGAUCAGAAUUCUGAGGAGAGCAGGGAUUCUGAUGAUACGCUAGAUCUGCAGACAGACUUCCAGGCUCUGCUUGGACCACUAGAUGAAGUUUUGGAGAGCAAACAUGAAGAUGAGUUGAAUGUUCUCAAGGUGCUACUGGCCAUGGUGACACAGAUCAAGACUGGGGGAAUGAAAGACUUGCACGGGCUAGAGGACCAGUUAAAACAGCUGGAACAGAAGUUACAGCAUGAGCUGGAAGUGGCACAGGAGAGACACAAGACACACUUGGAAGUGUUGAGACAGGAAACCAGCAAGCUGGAGAAAGUUCUGGAAGAGCAGCAGUCAGACAGAGACCACUAUGAAGAGAGGUGCUCACAGCUGGAGGACGAGCUGACCAUCCUACAGUCUCAGCAUGAAGAAGAGAAAGAGAGGGUCAAACAAGAUAUUCUCACAGCUGUGCAUGCUAUACGCAGCAAUGAUGAAAAAAGUGAGAUGCAUCUCAUAGAAAAGGUUUCCAAACUGGGUAGAGAACUGGCUAUGCAAAAACUGAGCUUCAGGAAACUGCUAAGUAGCCUUAAGAAGGAUUUGACUUCUAAAGAAAAAGGCGCCAUAAUUCAAAGUAUAGAGGAACACAUGAAAGCUAUAUCUUUAAAUGCAGAUGAAGAGGAAGAAGAGUUCCAACCUCCUUUACCGAGUCAGCCACCCCCAAAUGUUCCAGAUGGUGUUGGAUAUUCUCUGGAGGAACAUUUGGUCGAAGUCUCUGAGUCCACCAAGUGUUUAACAUCCCAUGAGCACACAGUUGAGCAGUUGAAGAAAGAAAAGGAGGAGGCUCUUGCUGAGGAGAUGAGAAACACCAAAGCAGCUCUUGAUGCUGUAAGGAGUGCUUAUGAAGAUGAAUUGUCUAAAGAAAGAGCCAAGUAUAAAGAAGCUUUACUUACAAUGUACACAGAAGAAUACAUCAAUGAAAUAAGACUCAGACACCAAGAUGAGGAAGAAAGAAUGAGAGAGGAGUUGCAGAAGUUGAACAUGCAUUAUUCAAGUAAGUGUGAGGACUACAAACUGGUUGAGAUGAAACUUCAGCAGACAAAACAGGAUUAUGAGAGCCACAUCAGCCAACUUAUAGCCAGCAAUAAUCACCUUGAGGAAAUGUUGAAUCGAGAAAUUGAUAGUUUGAAAGAUUUCAUUAAAAACAAACCUUCCAGUGCUAGCCUUACCACAGGAUCCGCUACAAUGGAAGAAGAGCUGUAUGAUGCAAAGAUUAUGGUGAGAGUAAAAGAUACAGAAUUGCAGAAACUUCGAUCACAAGUAAAGAAUCUAGAAAAUAGUUUACACAGAACAACAGAGGAACAGAGACAGACAAUGACAUUGUACAUGCAAACCAUGAAGACAUCAAGUGAAACUAAAAAACAACUCCAAGAAGAAGUUUCUCAACUCACAGAGAAGUUAAACAAAGUAUUAGGCAGCCAGGGUUUAAAAGCUAACAUUCGAAGAACACCUUCAUUCCAUCAAAGAGCCCGCAGCCCUAGUCCUCAAGGUAGUUCUCCAUCUGUACGUAAAGAUUCAGAUCAUUCAAGCAGAGAUUUUCAUCGUCGCAGGCACAUCCAACCUAAAGAUCUUAGACGUUCAAAGAGCAGCCCAUCUCUGCCCUUUGUGUUUGAUGGCAAGGGGACACCAGUGAAACAAGCAGUGCCAUCAUCAGCAUCCAAGCCCAGAAGGUCAAGGUCACCCAAAACUUGAAAUUUUUAACUGCUAGAAGCUGUUAGCCAACCAUUCAGUUAAUGUUUAAGUUAUUUCUUGUACUUGUGUGUACACAUUUACAAAAUGGCAGUAGAUGACACAUUUAACUUUUGAAUCAUGUAAAUACAAAUAUUGUACAACACAUUAAUGAGGCCUGUCUAAUUUAAUUUAUGUCACUUCUGCUUCCUAAUCAUGUUAUUGUGUUUUUUGUAUGAUUUAUGUAAAUAAGUAAAAAAAAAAACAUUUCAAUGUCCAUUUGUAAAUAUUAGUCUACUAUAUAUUUUAAUUCAUUUAUUAAAAUCUGAAAUCAUUGGGUGAUUGGGACAUUCUCAGCCCAUUACUUACCAAUGAGAGGUGAUGUUAAAUUUGAAAUUUACUGUGAUGUUGCUAGAUAAUUUUUGUCUUUUUACUAGAAACAAGUAGAAUAUUUAAAUGGAGGAAAACACAUUUAAACAAACUGUAUUUAGUGUUGUUGUCCUAAAUCUGUUAUUCGAAGUAGAAAAAUAUUCUUCAAAUUGUUAUUUAAAAAAAUACAACUGGAAAUUAUUUUUACAUACAAUUGUAAUUUGUAUAGUUGAGCCAUAGUUCAAACUUUCUGUAUUUUUAUGUUUAACGGAGAUGGUUGUAUUUAAAACAUAUCUAACUUAAUUGUGGAGUUAAACUAUUUAUGUACAUAUCCUGAUGGUUCCUUUAUACAAAACUUUGUAGUUUUAGCCCCUCAAACAUAUCAUUUUAUACAUCUAAGGAAAACUUCAUUUAUGUAAUAAUUUCUUGUGGCUCUGCCUGCUGAGGUUUAAAUAUGAAAAAAAAAAAACUUUUCUGGGGUGUGCACAUUUGUUGGCCAGUCUGUCUUUUUACCUGGUGUUGGCCAGUCUGUCCACUUAACUGGUGAGUGUAUAUUUGUUGGCCAGUCUGUCCACUUAACUGGUGAGUGUAUAUUUGUUGGCCGGUCUGUCCACUUAACUGGUGAGUGUAUAUUUGUGGCCAGUCUGUCCACUUAACUGGUGAGUGUAUAUUUGUGGCCAGUCUGUCCACUUAACUGGUGAGUGUAUAUUUGUUGGCCGGUCUGUCCACUUAACUGGUGAGUGUAUAUUUGUGGCCAGUCUGUCCACUUAACUGGUGAGUGUAUAUUUGUUGGCCAGUCUGUCCACUUAACUGGUGAGUGUAUAUUUGUUGGCCAGUCUGUCCACUUAACUGGUGAGUGUAUAUUUGUUGGCCGGUCUGUCCACUUAACUGGUGAGUGUAUAUUUGUGGCCAGUCUGUCCACUUAACUGGUGAGUGUAUAUUUGUGGCCAGUCUGUCCACUUAACUGGUGAGUGUAUAUUUGUUGGCCGGUCUGUCCACUUAACUGGUGAGUGUAUAUUUGUGGCCAGUCUGUCCACUUACCUGGUGAGUGUAUAUUUGUUGGCCAGUCUGUCCACUUAACUGGUGAGUGUAUAUUUGUGGCCAGUCUGUCCACUUAACUGGUGAGUGUAUAUUUGUUGGCCAGUCUGUUCACUUAACUGGUGAGUGUAUAUUUGUUGGCCAGUCUGUCCACUUAACUGGUGAGUGUAUAUUUGUUGGCCAGUCUGUCCACUUAACUGGUGAGUGUAUAUUUGAUGGCCAGUCUGUCCACUUAACUGGUGUUGGCCAGUCUGUCCACCUAACUGGUGAGUGUAUAUUUGUUGGCCAGUCUGUCCACUUAACUGGUGAGUGUAUAUUUGUUGGCCAGUCUGUCCACCUAACUGGUGAGUGUAUAUUUGUUGGCCAGUCUGUCCACCUAACUGGUGAGUGUAUAUGUACUGACAGAUUGGUUUGAGACUGGGUGUGAACUGGUGCCGCUUGAACUAAUUAUUCCAAACAAAAAAGUGUCAUUUAUUUCCAUUUUUCCCCAUGUUUGUUAACAGAGAUUUGAAUUAACAUUUAAUAAAUGUAGACAAGUUUUAAAUAUGUGCUUUCAUAUUAAGUAAUACUAGUAAUAUUGUUUUAUUUAAAAAUAAUAAUAUCUUAGCUUUAUUUAUGAGUCCCAAUUCCAUAUUAUAAUGUGGUUUCUAAUAUUGUUUUUCCCUUUGUUUAGAAGUAUUUUUAAAUUAAUAUCUAUACAGUAGUGGGCUUAAUAUUACUGUUUUUUUUAAAAUUCGGUUAGGGUUGUUGCUUCACCUUAAAUGGCAAAUGUACUUGAAUGUAGAUGUAGCCUUCACUCUUAUGGCAGCUGGUAUUUGCUUAUUACUAGGACUUUCUGAAAUUUAUUUAUUGCUGAUCAUUCAACUGAAUACAACCAACAAAGAAAUUUGAAAUUGAAUAUCUAUUGAAAUACUUAUUAUUUAUAACAAAUUAUAUUUUAUAGUUUUAACAUUGGCCUUUGAACACAACUUCAAAAUCUCAUUUAUGCUGUUGCAUAUUUCUUUUUUUUUUUUUUUGAUCAACACUAUUUUUAUUUUUAGUGUACAUCAUUGAACCAUUUUAAAUGUUCACAAAGUGAGUGGAUAUUUUGCUUUCCUAACUUAUUCAGGAAGAUGUAACCUUAACUGUCCAGUCAAUCUUCUACCCAUGUUUUAAUGCUUGUGUUGUGAAUCCCAGGAUUGAGAAUUGAUUGGACCAUUUACUAAUUGGUUGUGUGCUGUCAACACAGCUGGUUGUUCUCCCUUCAUUCAUCAUCUCAUGUUUAUUUGCAAUCUGUUCAUACCAGAAUGGUGGUGUCACCAACAUUUCAAAUGUUUCUAUUUUUAAAAGCAUUUAAUUAAAUACUAAUCUUUAAAAAUACAAUAAAGAUUUAAUUAAUACUCACCU